AUAUACCUAGGUACCUUUUUUAAGAAUAAAUUUAUAAAACUUUAAAGUAGGUUGCCUAGCACCUAUGAACUUUGGAUAUAUUAAAAAGGUUAAGCUCCACUUUGGUAUAACACUUUAUGGUUGUUUUUUUUUAGGUAUAGUGGUCUCGCAGCAACAAUGUGCAUGAAAUUUGGCCUUUCAGUCCAGCGAGUUUGGUGUUUGGGGCCUGUUGGUGACGUACUCCGUACCCCGUCCGUACUGAGUUGUGUGAUGUAAGACAGCGCCCCACCAUCCCGCCAGUACACUGCCCGCAUCCAGCUCACCGGGCGGAAAUUUCGAGCCUCGGGAUGCCGACGGUUACCAAACCUCUUGCGCUGCCGUCACUCGCGGAACCCCCAGAGGCACUCUGCCUGAUCUCCCAAAAUGAAGCAACGUUUCUCAUCCUUGGAUGUCAAGGCCAUCACCAAUGAGCUCUCCAAGUCCCUUGUUGGCCUUCGACUCGCCAACAUAUACGACAUCUCCUCCAAGAAAUUCCUCCUCAAGUUCGCCAUAUCCGGCAAGAAGGAACAGCUGAUCGUCGAUUCUGGUUUCCGCCUCCACACCUCCGAGUUCACCCGCCCAACCGCUGCCGCGCCCUCGGCCUUCACCUCCCGCCUCAGGAAAUUCCUCAGGACUAGACGAUGCACUGCCCUGUCACAGAUAGGAACAGACAGGAUCAUAGAGCUGCAGUUCAGCGAUGGCAGCUAUCGGCUGUUUCUCGAGUUCUUUGCAUCUGGCAACGUCAUCCUUACUGAUGCCGACCUGAAGAUCUUGGCCAUAUUACGGACCGUCCACGAGGGAGAGGGGCAAGAGCCCCAGAGAGUGGGUCUGACAUACAGCCUCGAGAAUCGCCAGAACUACCGCGGUGUCCCGCCUCUGACCAAGGAGCGAGUGCGCGAGGCGCUGCUCAAAUCAGUGGUCAAGGCGGAGGCCGUGGAUGCUUCUAGGAAGAAGCCCAAGAGGAAGGCCGGGGAUGAGCUGCGGAGGGGCCUAGCCACGACAAUAGAGGAACUUCCGCCCAUAGUCGUCGAUCACGCCUUCGAAGUCACCGGGUUCGAGCCGGCCACCAAGCCAGCCGAUGUCCUUGAGAGCGAACCCCUGUUCGAUGCACUCUUCACGUCGCUGGAAGCCGCCCGCAGGAUAGUAGACGGCAUCACAGGCUCGGAAAACUGCAACGGAUACAUUAUUGCAAAGAGGCGUGAACCGCAGCCGGAUAUCGACUCCGCCCAACCGCAGGGAGACAACCAGCCUGCCCUCCUCUACGAGGAUUUUCAGCCUUUCGUGCCCCGCAAGUUCGAAAAGGAUGACGCGUACACGAUUUUGACCUUCCACAAUUACAACAAAACAGUAGACGAGUUUUUCUCGUCCAUUGAGGGACAGAAGCUUGUGUCGAGACUCAAUGACAAGGAAGCCGCAGCCAAACGCAAGUUGGACGCCGUCCGAGAAAUACAAGAGCAAAAGGUGGAGAGCCUCAAACAAGUGCAGAUAAUGAAUAUGCGAAAGGCGGGCGCUCUCGAGGCCAACGUCGACCGGGUACAAGAGGCCAUGGACGCUGUCAAUGGUCUCAUAGCGCAGGGCAUGGAUUGGGUCACCGUUGGCAAGUUGAUCGAGAGAGAGCAGAAGCGGCGGAAUCCUGUGGCACAGAUCAUCAAGCUGCCCUUGAACCUGGAGCAAAACGCCAUGAUGCUGCUUCUCGCCGAAGAAGACGAAGCAGAAGAAGUCGCCGAAGAUUCCGAUCACACUUCGGAAGACCAAAGCGAUGAUGAUGGAGACCCGCGCAAGAAAGUCGACACCAAGCUUUCCAUUGAAAUCAACCUCGCCCUAUCGCCCUAUGCCAACGCCCGCGAAUACUACGACCAGAAGAGGACGGCCGCGGAAAAGGAACAGAAGACUGUUGGCCAUUCGGUAAUGGCUCUGAAAAGCGCCGAGAAGAAGAUUGCUGAAGACCUCAAAAAAGGACUCAAGCAGGAGAAGCCAAUUCUGCACCAAAUGCGCCGCCAGAGCUGGUUUGAAAAAUUCAUCUGGUUCAUUUCCUCGGAUGGCUACCUUGUUCUGGGUGGCAGAGAUGCCAUGCAAAAUGAGAUGCUGUACAAGAAGCACCUUCGCAAGGGAGAUGUGUAUAUCAACGCAGAAACUCAUGCUGCGGCCUCUGUCAUUGUCAAAAAUAACCCCAAGACACCAGAUGCCCCCAUCCCGCCUUCGACAUUAUCACAAGCUGGCAGCCUGUCGGUGUGCUUAUCAAGUGCUUGGGACUCGAAGGCUGGCAUGGGAGCUUGGUGGGUCAAUGCCGAGCAGGUAUCCAAGUCCGCUCCCACAGGUGAAUACCUGCCCCCUGGGAGCUUUAUGGUGCGAGGUGCCAAGAACUAUCUGCAUCCACAACCACUGAUACUAGGAUUCGGCUUCCUGUUCAAGAUCAGCGAGGAGAGCAAGGGGAACCACAGCAAGCAUAGGCUGGUGGAUGCGGAGACUUCGCGGAGACCAACAGAGCAAACCCAGGAGGUCACAGAUCGUGAGGCCGAGAUCGAUGAAGAAGUAGCUGAUCUUGAACUUGAGGCAGCACGUCAUGAACAAGAUGAGAUAAACGCCUCAGACGACGACGAACCCUUCCAGAGAAACAAUCCGCUGCAGGUGGAUGGCGAUGAUGCAUCGGACAGUGGCAGCGAUCCCGACGGACGCACCGAUGAUGGCGAUCAUAUCGACCAUGAGAUAGACCAUGUGAAGGAUCAUGUGAACGAACUCAGCCUCGAAGAACCCGCCGAGUUGAUGAUGUCGGGGGCUUUGGCUGCUGACGGCGGCGAAAAAGAAGACCCAUUUUCAGAUGGUGCGACUGGCGUCAAAACUGCAGAGACAGAAGCUGGCUCAGAGGCUGAAGACACGGAAUCGGAGGCGGCCACCAAGGACCCUACUGAGGUAUCGAAGGCUUCCGUGGCCACCACCUCACAGCAGGCGAAAGACCUCAAGCAAAAGAUUGCUCCGGCGAAGCGGGGAAAGAAGAACAAGCAGAAGAAGAUCGCUGCCAAGUACAAGGACCAGGAUGAGGAGGACCGUGCCAUGCACGAGGAGCUCAUAGGCGCUACCAAGGGCCGCGAAAAGGCCGAGGCAGAAGCCAGGGCCAGGGCGGAGCGCCUGGCAGAGGAGGAAGCCCGGCGUGAGCGCCGCAAGCUAGCCCAGCAGAGACAGCAGAAGAAGGUCGCCGAGCACGAGGAGGUGCGCAGGCUUAUGCUCGAGGAAGGUAUCGAGGUGCUGGAUGACGACGAAGAGCAGGCUUCCACACCCCUCGACUCCCUGGUCGGCACGCCACUCCCUGGGGACGAGAUCAUCGAGGUUGUGCCGACUUGCGCCCCUUGGGCGGCUAUGGCGAAGUGCAAGUACAAGGUGAAAAUCCAGCCUGGCGCGACGAAGAAGGGCAAAGCACUGAAGGACAUACUUGAGCGGUGGAAGCUCGAGGCGGGGAAGAGAGGCAACGUCGACGAGCACUCUCGUGACUCGGAAAGGAUGUGGCCGCGAGAGGUGGAGCUGAUUAAGACGGUCAAGCCGGAAGAUGUGAACAAUGUGGUGCCAGUGGGCAAGCUGACGGUGAUGAUGAGUGGUGGCAAAGCCGGCGGUGGGGGAGGCGGGAAGGGAUCGAAGGGAGGUGGGAACCAGAGUAAGGGAAGCAAAGGUGGUAAGGGUGGCAAGAAGAAGUAAAUACUGCAUUCGCCAGUAUAUAUCACUGCAUUUAGAGGGCGCUGAAAUUGCCAAAGCUACUUAGGUAGUAUUUGACAUGGGCUUAACUCCUUGGGUA